AUGGUAAGAAGGCAGAACUGGCAGUGCUGGCUCGUCACUCAAUUGAUUUCCGAACGAGUAUUGCUUAGUUUUAUUGACGAGCUCGACCGAAGGACUUUUACACCAAUAGUCACAAAACCGGACAAUCCGCAAUUGAAAUGUUGGCAUAUAGAGCUGACUUCGAAGAAUAGAGGUGAAGUGAUCAUACAUACAGGAAAGUCCGAGGAUGAUGAGGAUGACAGCAAUAGCCAGACAAUCAAAUUUCCAGCAUGUUUUCUUUCCGAUGACGAAGAUCUCGGAAUACUAUUAAGAAACUGGAUUGCCCAGCACACCGACUCUUUCGUGGAAAAAAUGGAAUUUCAAAACUCAUUGAUGAUCGCUAUUGCAGAUUGCGUCCUUCAACAGGGUUCGAAAGGGGUUCGGGUCUUGUACCAGCCUCAAACACAGCGUAAUCAUCUCAAAAGACUAGAGUUCGACUUUGCAGAGGCCGAUGUACAAGAAUUGGUGCAAACUUGUGAAAACACAGAAAAGGCGCUGUCGAAUUGCAUUUUCCCCUAUUUGCAAUCUCAGACCGGAAUACGGUGCCACGCCUUGCCCCUGUCGGAAAUAAGGAUCCAGGAUCGACUGGUUGUGACUUCACGGUCGCUCGGCACUCUUGACGGUGACGGCACUGUCUUAAAAAAGCUUGCUAGACCAUUGCUGAACCUAUUCAAUGCUCAUUACCAAGAGGCUAUUGCUAAGAAUCCAUGA